GGAGCGCUGAGCUACCGUGAGCAAGGACAGCGGGUACGAAGAUGGCGAGGUGGCUGAGGGAGUACUUCAAUCUGGGUGGCUACAAGGCGAAGGCUCCGGCCAAGGCGGAGACGACGGCAGCGGCUGGCAAGAAGAAGAAAAAGCCCCGCGGCGAAUCGGGAUCGUGUCGAGAAAGCGACCUGAUGCGGGCCUACCGGCUGCAGAAGGAGCGGGACUUCGAAGACCCGUACAGCAACGGCCCGGGAUCGUCGCUGCGCCGCCUCAAGGCCAUGUGGCCGGGUCCGGAGGACGAGAAGGAGGAGGGGGGCUGUUGCCAGGGCCCGGUGGCCAGCGGAUCCCCGAUGUUGCAGCGCAGCCAAAGCGAGAGGGCGGCCUCCUCCUCCCCCCGAGCCAAGUACAUCGGCUCGGCUCAGCACCGGCUCAUCAAGGUACACGGGACGGCGGUGACCGAAAAGGCGGUCGGCAACUGGAGCAGCCCGGCCACCGGGUCCCGGAAGCCGCCACAACCCGACGACAAGGUUGCUUUUAGGGAUGACUACUCUGACCCAUUUGAUGCCAAAAAUGAAUUGAAGAAUAAGGUUGUAAAAAAGAGAGAAAUAGAAAAUAAUGGAUACAUGGAACCUUAUGAGGCACAAAAGAUGAUGGCAGAGAUUCACAAGCAAGAAAGUCAGAAGAAAGGAAUUCAGUUGUAUGACACACCCUAUGAACCUGAAGAGAAUGGAGCUUCAGACACAGAGAGUGUUGAUAGUUACCUAAGAGAAAGCAGAUUGCCACAAGAUGACGCCAGGCCUGCAGAGGAAUAUGACCAACCGUGGGAAUGGAAUAAGGUUACAGUCCCACCCUUUUCAGUUCAGCUCAAUGGCAUUGAGAAGAGACAGUCCUCUCCCUUAUGUGACAGACGCAGGCAGCUGGUACCCCCAGAUCUAAUCAAACAUGGAGGUCUGGAGUUCAGUGAUAUUGUAGGAGAGAGAAUAGAUCCCAGCACUCCACUGGAGAAGCAAGUGUGGUAUCAUGGAGCCAUUAGCCGAACAGAUGCAGAAAACCUUUUACGACUAUGUAAAGAGUGCAGCUAUCUCAUCCGAAAUAGUCAAAGCAGCAAAAAUGAUUACUCACUUUCACUAAAGAGCAGCCAGGGUUUCAUGCACAUGAAGCUUACCAGAACCAAAGACAAAUACAUCUUGGGACAGAACAGCCUUCCAUUUAAUAGCGUUCCUGAGGUCAUACACUACUACACAACAAGAAAGUUACCUAUUAAAGGAGCAGAACAUUUGUCCCUCCUCUACCCUGUAACUGUGCGAACACUAUAACUCUUUGCCCUUGUUUAGUUCCUUCCUGUGGAUAGGAGAUUGCCCAAUUACUUUAAAAUGCAUGGAUGGCCUAAUUCGUUUGUAACUGGAGUCAUAGAAUCAUAGAGCAUUACAGCUAAGAAGCAGAUCUUCGCCCCAUAGUCUGUGGGAGGCCCUGUUGGACCUGAGAGAAUACAAUAACAAUUACUUUGUGGUACUACCAUGUUGUUGCAUGUAUAUGAUUUUGCUCAAAACCAUCUAAUAUAAUUAAAAAUUGUCAUCAAUGUUUUGUUAGUUCAUAGAAAUAUUUAAAUUGUUCCUGUAAAUGUAAAAAAUUUACUACACUGAUAAUAUGAUACAUAUAGUCCAUUUUACCCCCUAGUCUGCUGCUGAGAUACCUGACUUCGGUGAUUAUUUAUAUAUAAAUACUGUGUCCUAAUAUAUAUAUAUAAAUAUAUAUAAAUAUAUUUUUUAUCUUUUUGGCACAGUGCUAUGAUGUUUUUGAAAUGUUACUUAAUGCAUUUUAAUGUUGGAUAAACAAGUUUAAAUUUGUAUGAGGACGUAUUUUCAUCAGAAUUUAUGAUAUUAUAAAAGAAAAACAGAAACAAUCAUAAUUGGGAAGAGACUUGCAUUUAUUUUACAUCUUCUGAUCUAGAUGUAACAACGUGCUUUGAAUUUGAAUUCUUUCCAGAGUACAGACAUUCAUUUUGUAAACAAAUAUAACAACUAAAUUGUUCACAGCAGGCUUUCAUAAACAAUAGACAGACUGAAGAGCCAGAUACUUUUUGGUGAAGAUGUUUGAAGGUUUAUUUGAAUAAAGCUGUUAGAACUUUUAUGUUCACCUCAAAGGUGUGUCUCAUUCCAAACUCAGAGCCAAUAGCAACGGAAUAAUCCUUCAAUAAUGUAGAACGAAGUACUUUCAAAAAUUAUCUUUAAUUCACUAUGCAAGUUCUUUGUAAAGUGUUACACACUUCCCAAAAUACAAUGUGUGCAUUGAUCUCUGCCAUUUCUUCCCUGCCAUUUUGUGAAAAUAAACAUACAAACCAUCUGUAUUUAAGCUCAAGUUUUUACUUAUCUUCUAAUGGUUCCAGGUUCCUUAAGGUUGUCAUAGCCAGAGGAGAUGGUAGGACAAGCUCCCACUGUCUAUUAAAUGCUCCCAGUGGCAUACAUCUCAAACAGCCUCUGACAGCCAAGUCCAAGUCCAAGUCCAAUUCCUGGCCUUAAAUGCAGCCUUGCUACUAAACCAGGCAGAGCGGUUUCUACUGUCAGUAGAAGGGGCAAAGGUGUGUUAGUGGCACCUUAAAGCGCAUCACUUUGAGUGGGGCUUGUCAGCCACAGUUGGCGGCUCACCUAGGAGAUGAGAUGCCAACACGAAACCUCUAUUGACUUGCAGCUAUACUCAUUCGUGGGGAAGGAAUUGGGAGUAAACUCUGAGGGAAAAAAUCCAGAGGCAGUCCUUCACUGCAAUUCCUAUGGUGCUGAACUGUAUCAGUUCCUGCUGUUCCUUUGGAUUUCUCAGCUGGGUGGAGAUGGGGAGCCUGCUGCCUGGGGAACAACUUGCUCUCUAUUUCGUACUGCCCUGGCUUGCUUAUCAUGUAGACAGCGAGGACGCAACAUCUAUGGUCAUCCUCAAGCAACGGAGGACUUCAAUAGUUGCAACUCUUCUCUAUCCUCUUGCUAAUAAUACACAUUAUAAAUGAAGCAUACAUUGAUAAUUUUUUCUCAUGCUUUUCCAGGCUCUAUUGUGUCCCUUAUUUACUUACUUUUGCCUCUGUGCUUUCUGUAUAUUAUUGAGAAUUGAAUCAGAAUCAGGUUUAAUAUCACUGGCAUAUGUUGUUUUGCAGCAGCAGUACGUUGUAACUUAUGUUUUAUUAUGCAUUGCAAUAAAUACACAUAGGUAUAUAAAAAUAAAUAAGUAUUGCACAAGGGAGCGAGAAAAAGCUAUAUUCAUGGAUUCAUUGUCCAUUCAGAGAUCUGAUGGUGGUAGGAAAGAAACUGUUCCUCAAAUACUAAGUGUGUCUUCAGGACAUGUCCUGGGUAACAGGAAUCCUUA